AUGCCGUGGUGGUCUUCGUCUACACCAGCAGCCAGUACCCCUGCCCCAGUGAAAGCAGAGGUCGUGGCAGUCCUGCCAAAGACAUCGCCUCAACCUCCGCCCCCUCCUGAAUCUCGAUUACCUGCAGUACCAUCUACCUUCUCUGAACUAGACAACUACAGCCUUUCUGAGUUGCAGAAUCUCCGCGCCAACAAGCCAGCUCUCGAUGACUUGAUCCUGGAACAGACUGACGUCAAGGCUCUCCUGAAACAGCUGGAGACAGCCCGGAUGGAGAAUCGAUCCACAGCUCAGUCCAUCCUGAACCAGGAGACAGGGAUGCAGGCAACUUCACAAGACUAUGCCAGCGUUUCGCAGGCACUCUCUGCGACGAAGGCCUCUGUGGAGGCACUGUCAGCGCAACGCGACGAGAUCCUGCAGAAGCGCAGUCCCGAGCAGCUCUGCGUGAUGCUCAACGGACAGGCUCACACGGCAGAUGCCGCGGCCGAAGAUCUUUUGCGUGAUGCCUUGGAGGCAAGGCAAAGCUUGGACACAAGCGCGCUUGCGCAGUUCAAGCAGCAGUUUGUACAGCAGAAGAUGGAGAAGCACAUGCGCUUGGCGUUGAAAUCUUCACUCGAAUCGUCGGGCAUCUCAUGA